AUGGCUUUAGGCUUAGCUACGAUUCCCGAGUCGUCCUCCACCCCGGCUGAGUCCGCCUCACAGCCCAAAAGACCUUCGGUCAAAUGGGAUCUGGGCUCGAAUUUCGAGUCCGUUGCCAAGGAGACCACCCCCCCUGGCUCGGACAUCCGGCGCGAGAGACUAGGCAGCCUGCCGGAUCUUGGCCUCGGUAUCCAACCGCAGAUCUACUUCCUGCGGCCGCGGCCCGCAAUCCCGAAGUUAUUCAGCAUAAUGAAUUCCAAUGAUGCAAAUGUGAGGAAACUUUUGCCCAAGAGCCAUUUAUCUCGGGUGAUUAUUCGGGACAACCUCAACGCACAGCGCAUCUAUGAGAUGGAGAUGAAAGCUUCCGACAAGACCAAGAGAAAAAUGAGCCACUUGUACGAUCACCUGAAAAAAAAGUUCAUGACAGACCAGCUGAGAAAGAUGUUGCGCUGGAGGCGGGAGUCACUGAACACCCAGCAGUACUUGGAGAGGCAACGGGUCUACAGACACUCAACUUAG